AUGGAUGAGGGUUCCGACAAGGCCCCUCGACGAAGAGGGGUCUCACGCGCCUGCGACCGCUGUCGCAGCAAAAAGGUACCCCAAUUCCUCCCAGCUACCCCAUCCCACAUUCAAGCGAUCCCUACUAACUCACAUCUCCAGGACAAAUGCGACGGCAUUCGUCCCACAUGCUCCGCCUGCCAGGCCACCGGCCAAUCCUGCUCCUACGACCCCCACGCAAAGAAACGCGGUCUCCCCGAGGGCUACGUCCGCGGACUCGAGAAGCUCUGGGCGCUAUCGAUAUGUAACAUCGACGGGUUCGAGGAUAACAUGCUGGCCAUGCUCGGCGCGACCGCCGACUCUGCCGAUCGUCGCGCUAAAUUGAUGUCUAUCUGGUCCGAGGAUACUUCUUCCGAGAGUUUACAUGAAACUUGGAAAACGAGUCGUCUUUAUGGUGCGCUGGAGAAAAUGCUCUCCAGCUCGGAACAGACUCCUGCGACAGCUGCCGGGACGGGGAAACGGUCGCGCAAUCCGAAUGAUGAUCUAGAUGGUGGUUGGGGGUAUCGCUUUGGGAGAGAAUCGAGUCCACUAGGCCCGACUGCGCCGCGAAUUGUCGGUCCUGUUUCACUUUCGCAUUCGUCCUCGCACUCGCCCACUGCGAAGCGCACACGAUUGGCACAGUCGCAGUCACAGUCACAGUCACAGUCGCACUCGCAUCCACAGUCCGAUCGCGGUAUCACCUCUUCCUCUCCGCAAACUCUCCAAUUACCCGCGCAAACCUCCCAACUCCUCGACAUCUACUUCGCAGCAACACACUCCUGGCUCCCAAUCCUCGCAAAACACAAUACCCUCCGCGCCUCCUACCUCUACGCAAACACCGCCGUCUCACUCACAGCCACAAGCCCCGGUUCCGGCGACCACGCCGCACUAUGGGCAAUCCUCAGCUACACAAUCACUCAAUCCCGAACCGAUCCUCGCUCCAGUCCCGCCGGCACACUCUCACUGGCAAAAGAGUACUACACCAUCUCGCGCCAUCUCAUUCCUCUCGAAAAAGACCGAUACGAACUCGGUCACAUCCAGGCAUUACUACUACUCACGUUGGUGAAUAUGGGACUGGAAGAUUGGACAGCGGCAUGGUUAUUAAGUGGACAAGCAGUGCGCAUGGCGAUUGCGAUUGGUCUGGGCACUUCCACAGAUAUGCGACGAUCUGACGAGACGAGGCAGGGCAAGGCGGUGUUUCUGGGCUGUUUUGUUAUCGAUUCACUUCUUUCUUUCCGGCUUCGGCGUUGUCCGGCUAUGUCGGCGAAUGAUAUUGCACCGGUCGGUUUAUUGGAAGAAGAUGGAUUGGAAGAGUGGAAUUCUUGGGCGGAUGUUCUUCCUACGGCCGGCGCCAGCACAAGCACCAGCGCCAGCACCGCGCAUGGGAAAGUUCCCCCUCGUCGGGGACCGCUGAUGUCUCUAAGCUGCUUCAAUCGCCUGGUCGAACUAGCCAGUGUUCUGAACAAGAUCUCGCGCAAUCUCUCAAUGGGGUACAAACCCUCCACAUUCGCACAGCAACUAGUCAUGGACCUAAAACAAUGGGACGACGGACUCCCACUCGGCUGUCGUCUAAUCGGUCCGGAAAGUAUCUACCCAGAACGACACUCGGCACUACUACCGCACCAAAGUUAUCUAGGACUAACAUAUGUCGCGACCCUACUCUGGUUGUAUAUCUCUCUCAUCCCGGGAGAACAGGGCUUACAUCGCUCGCAACGACCCGCGACCGAGGGUGCGAAGAAAUUACUUUAUCGCGGGUUAUCCAUGUUGGCGCAGCAUCUGGAUAAUUUCCCGAUUUGUGGUCUGCCGCCUAUGUUUGAGUUCGGUCUUCGGACUAUCUCUGAACAGGCGUUCUCUUUACGGCAGAAUGUUGAUGCGCCGGAUUCGUUCCCGUUUGUUCGGUGGGCGGAUGAGUUUCGUCAGAAGACUGCUGCUCUUGUGUCGAGUUGGCCUGCUUAUGGGUCUCUUGUUGUGGCGAUGGAGCGGUCUCAGCAGACACAAUCACAGACACAGACCCAGCCGAAUGGGUAUAACCCGUCAACAACAACCUUUGGAAGUGGAGUCAUGCCAGCGCCGAUCACGGGCGUUCCGAGUGUACCUGUUCCUGUGCCUGAGCAAGUAAACUACGCAUCUUCCAUCAUGGGAAUCAGCAUGCCGGUAGACGGGCAGUCAUUAACGCCAAAGGACACUAUCAUGGAGAACACGGAUCUAGCCAUGAUGCCAGUGGAUAAUAGUAUAUCCAUCUCAUCCACAACCACACCCACACCCACACCAACAUUCACAACACCCCUCAACCCCCGACUCACCCUCAAUCCUAUCCAAUUCCACAAAUCCAAAUCCAAAUCCCUACCCAACCUCCAACUCUAUACCCGGCCCCGGUCCAGUCCCAGUCCCGUCCCCGAAGAUCUAGACGCAAUAUUCAAAGACCUAGCCUACCUCGACACAACAGAAUGGUCUCACAACCGCGAAGCAGGACUGAAAGAUUUCGGAUUCCUAGAUGACUCCACGUUCCAGGCUUUCUGUCAUGAUCCUGAUCGGCUUGGUUCGCAGCCUCUUGUUCAUCCGCCUUCUAUUGCGGAUAUUUGGCCGCCUCCUGGUUUCUUUCCGGAGACGUUUCGGGAUGUUGGAGAUCGAUAG